CCUUCUGUAAUUAAUUAGUCUGUAAGGUGGUAUUUUGAGACUUAGAUGAGUAUUCUGUUGACUAGCAAACUUUCACGAAAUAGUAGCAUUCAUGGAUCAUUGCCAGUUGUUACUCUGGUAGCUGUAAUAAGGUGAGUUCUUAAUUUUAUCAUUUCUUCUACAUUAUUAAGUUGUAAUUUUCUGUAAAGGAGAGGUUUCCCCUUUACUCCCAGUUUUAAAAUUUCAUUCUUUUCAAAUCACUGUGGACUGAUGGAUUCUUUUUUUCAUGUAUGCUGUAGUCUAUUAUCAUUAUUAUGCCCUGAUGCUCAAAUUUUCCUAAAUUAUCCAGUGGGAGCCCCAUUCAGGCUGGUUCCUGUGUCCUUUUGAGAGAAAAAUUGGAAAUAGAUAGGUUAAUUGUGAGUUAUUAUGAAGAUUCUUGGAUUUCAGGAUGAAAUUCCAACUUAAUCAUGUGGGGGAGUCUGCAAAUUUUUGAAGUGGAAAUGAGAUGUGUCUCCUCUAGUUUACAGUAAUUGUGUCCAUCUGUUUUUCUCUUGAGAAAUCAGUUCAUUUAGUCAUUUUCUGAUGACUGUUUAUUAGGUAUCUAUGUGCCCGGCUCUGGUAGGUGCUUAGUGUUAGCUGGCACUGUUAAGCUGCUUUCUCUCCUUAAUAUCUUUGGAUGUAACUUCGCAUCUGUAUUAGUAAAUACUCAGAUGCCACCCAAAACCUGCAGCAUUGGGGAAGUUUUCUAAUUGCCUCCUGCUGUGUUUAGGGCUUAACUGGUUAAAAGGUGGGGACCACCCCUACACACACACGAAAGACACAAAAAUUGGAUGGGACAUGAUCCUUGCUCUUAAAGGCUUACGGAAUGUGACAAAGAUGGGACUUACUGCGCUUUCAUUUUGGAGGAGUGGGUGGGAGUCUGUUCUUCUCCCCCAUGUUUGCCUUUUAGAGGAGUCGGGCUAGAGCUGUGCUGCCCAGUAGUUUUGCCACUGACCACAGGUGUCUGUAGAGCACUUGGAAUGUGGCCAGUCUGAGUGGAGGUGUGCUGUAAAGACAGACUGAGCGCAGGUCUCAGAGACUUAGCAUGGCAAGGAGAAUAUACAAUUUCUCACUAAUAAUUUACAUUGAUUACAUGCUGAAAUAAUGCUUUGAAUAAAUUGGGUCAGUAAAUAUAUUAAAUAAAAUUUGUUAAAAUUAACUCCCUCUGUUUCUUAAACAUUGCUACCAAAAAAUUUAAAAUUGUAUGUGUGGCUCACAGUACAUUUUUAUUGGACAGUAUGGUCUAGAGACUUGAUGAAAUUUAGGUUAAACAUUACUUCCUAUUGCAUUAUAUCAAAAGAUACAUAUCAGUUUGUCCCACUCUUAGGAAUACUAAAUUUGAUAAUUUCCAAAAUUUUCCAUUUUAAAGAUACAUGUCGAUCACUUCCAAAACUUUCCAGUAUAAAGACAUAUAUUUUAAAAUAAUUCCUAGGGUUUCUGUUGUAAAGAUACUUUUUAAAAAAAACACUUAGACCCUUCCAUUGUAAAGAUACAUUUUGAGUAUUUCUGGAACUUUCUGGAGUUAGUUUUGGGAUUCAUAAAGUCCCUGUUGCUUCUCAGCUACAUGGCAUGGCAGAAAUAUGUAGCCUUUUGAGUCCCCUAAGGAAAAGCCAAGUGAUAGCUAAAUAAAAGUUUACUAGAGGUAUUUCUCAAAGCAAAAGGAUUUCCCCACCAAAAAGUUUUUAUUUUUAACUUACAUUGUUGUAUCUUCAGCAGUAUCUCUGUUAAGAUCUGUAAGACGGAUUUGCCCAUAGUUAGAUGUGUACCUGAUUUUGAAGAAAUAAGAUGUCAGUUACACUGCUCUGACCUCAGGUUCCAGAAUGUCAAGGCAACAUUCUUUAGAAGAGAUGUUCCCCUUUGGAUUGAACCAAAUUUAGAAUCAGUCAGCUUAUUGUCAAAAAGGACAGCCCUGCUGACAGAAAACAGCUCACACUAUGAAUUGCUUUGGAAAUCACAUCUCUGGGUUUCCUGAGGAUGUUUCCUUACUCACCAUACAGUCACCUCCGUGGCUCUCACCCAUAUCAUCGGAAGAUGAACAUUUUAUUUCCAACCUGAGGAGCCAGGCAGCCGCCCAGGUGGUGGUGAAGCAGCCUGUCCAGGGAGCCGGUGGCAGGACCACGCUCACGAUUGUCCAGGCCGGUGGGGACUGGAGCACUGGCCUCUUCGGUAUCUGCAGCGACAGGAGAAUCUGCUUCUGUGGUCUGCUUUGCCCGCUGUGUCUCGAGUGCGACGUCGCCAGGCAUCACGGAGAGUGUUUUUGUUGGCCAUUACUACCUGGGUCCACCUUUGCCCUAAGAGUUGGCACCAGAGAGAGACAUAAAAUACGGGGCACCCUGUGUGAGGACUGGCUGGCCGUGCACUGCUGUUGGCCUUUUGCCAUCUGUCAGGUGGCCCGUGAACUCAAGAAGAGGGCCUCCCGGCUCUAUGAAGUCUACACAGCCCCUCCAGUGCGGGACACCUUUACCUGCCAGAGCAGGAAGACUUCGCCCACUCCCCUGCCUCCCCUGCCUCCCCUACAGUCCUCCCAAUAGAGAGAUUGUUCUCUUUAAAUUUUCACUGUGAAGAUAAAUAGUA